AUGUCUUGGAUCAAGUCUCUGCGCGAUCGCGCAGCUCAAGCUGGUGGUUCCAAGGUACCCGAAACUCCCUAUCACACCGAUUGGUCUCGAUCUCUUGCAAAUGCACAGCUCAGCAGCGCAGGCACAUUCAAUGAAGGCCUACUGUCUGGUCUCGCUCUACCAGGCGAGGUCACCGCUAUGGCUUUCGAGCCUGUACAGGGGUUCCUCGCAGUUGGCACCACGCUCGGUACUAUCCACCUGUUCGGCUCGCCCGCAGUGCAAAUAUCGUUCUCGCUUCGGCCAGCCCACAAAGUCAGCCACCUCACCUUCAAGUCCGACACAGGCCUGCUGAUCUGCAUAGAUGAGAAAGAUAACAUCAGCAUCUACGACCUUUCACGACCAGAUCCUCAAAUCAGAGCAGCUCAAGGAUCGUCUAACAAUCAGUAUCGCGCUUCGACCGCCUCGACUGGGCAUAGCAUCACAGGUCCACCACACCCAGACACCCCUCAAAGGGUUGGCGUACACACCGUACGCAACAAGGUCGUUUCUAUCGAGGUCUCGUCGGCUCAUUCUCACAUGUUUCUCGGUCUGCGCGAUGGAACCGUCGACACUUUUGACCUUGAGAGAAUGAGUCAUUCGCCCUAUCGCGUGCCGAACCUCUGGUGGGAAGAGGAGGAGAUUCUGCGCAAAUCAGGGGUGCCAGAUGCACCAAAUCGCCGUCACGUGCCUCUGAUCAUCGAUAUCAAAACGCAUCCCAAGGACAUCAAUCAGCUGCUUCUGGCGUACGAGGGUGGUGCAAUCCUUCUGGAUGUACGCGAGCGUGCUGUGCUCAAGACGUUCCAGCUCCGCUUGCUGCCCGGUGCUCUCGGUUCUGGUGGAAACCCGCAGCUCAUCUGGACAGAGCGAGCAUCGCCGGCCACUUGUGUAGCAUGGCGACCCGAUGGAGAAGUAUUUGCCAUGGGACACGAAGAUGGCUGCAUCUCCUUCUGGCACGUGCGUGAUGAUGACAAGCCGAUCAUGGUCCGCACACUCGACUGCCUUGAUGUCGAGAAGCCAGUCACAGAUCCGGCGCUAAUGGAGACCCCGAGACCGCCAAAAGAACCUGUCUUCAAGCUUGCCUGGUCUGGCUUCCCAGAGAAGGGAUGGAUCGACAAGGCAAGUGAGAGUGCAGCCAGCUGGCAAUCUCAACAACGCCAACGCAGCACCUCUACCACCGAGUACACUCAAGAACCUCUCAAGGGCACCGUUCUCACUAUCCUUGGCGGAGCCAAUUUAGGACUUGACACGCCUGGCCUCUUCUGUGUCAGCUUACCGCCAUAUGCUGCAGCCCUCUCUCUGUGGGGAGGUGGCACCGUCGAAGCCAACCACAAGCUUCGAGUCGCUCUGCAUGACUCCCUUAUACCCAGCUCUGAGGUCGUGUAUCCCACGUCAAGUGCUGUCGAGGACUUCAUCCUGCUGCCGCGCAGCAACCCACACUAUUCUGGUCACUACGAUCCUUCAGCUGUAGUUAUACUCCUUGCCGCAGACCCUGCGCUACCAACUCUGCCGCCACCUGCUGCUGCGCGUGGCCUCGCAUGCUUUGCUUUUCCACCUCACCCUCGGACCGGCACGUCUGCUGCGCGAUACGCCGGUGCUGGGCCAAGCUCAGCUCCAUAUCCUUUGGUGCCGCAGAAAGAGCUGCAUCUUCCCUUGCCGCUGACUCUAGCUGGUGGAGGUGCCAUCCUAGGCGCGAAGCUCGAAACUUUGACCCCACAUGCUUACAGGAAGUUGGUAGGGCCAUUAGAUGUCACUGGCUUGAACCAGAAGCAGGAGCAGGAAGCUUCAGGCUCCGCGCUCCGCUCCUCGUACAAUGAAACAAAGCCUCCGGUCGAGUUGUCAGGAGGUAAAGCAUCUGCGUCUCUGUCAGGAGAGGGCACCGAAACCAUUCCAGAAGUGCUGCGCUCGAGCUCAUUCCGCAUCCUAUUCUCUUGGCAUCUCGACGGCACGGUGCGCUUCUAUGAUGCUAGCCCGCACUUGCUUCUGAUGGGUGAAGUAGACGACGGUGACUUGCGCAGUCAGUCUCCCUCUCCUCGGAUCUGGCUGCAGACUGGCUUCCCGUCACCCUUGCCUCAUCUGACCAUUGACGUGAGGAACGUGUUGCGAGAUCCUUCGAUGAUGGGACAUCCAUCCUUUGACAGGACGCGUGGUCGAGCCAGAGUCCAUGUUGUGCAGUUUGCUGCCGAAGUGCUCGAAGCGACAAUCUCGCUGUCAACAGGGCAGUUGCUUAACAUGCGCUUUGGUUUCGCCCAGCUCAGCGAGACCGAUGCCAUUCAAGAAGAAGUCGAAGAAACGCUCAGAGAGGAAGCGGAACAAUCCCAUUUCGCGAUCCCACCAGUCUCGAGCCCUCGUGGAGCUGGCAGGUCAUCUCUUUCACUCGCGUCGCCGCGAUCCGAACACGGUAUGGGAACCGCAAAGCAGCUUGAUGCUGAGAUGUCGCAGGCCAUGCAUGAGCUUGGAGUCGGCCAAAACGACCAAGGAGAGUUACCGACCCAGAUGGGCACCCCUCACGCUGCAGGUGUGCCGCCGCCUCGUCCGCGUCGCGACCCGAAGAGGCUGAGCGCACAUGGCAUGCAAGACUUUGAUGCUCACAGUGGCUCGUUCGAUCAUGAAGCCCCAGGUGCCAUGCCGCCAGCAUCGGGACCAAGGCACAGCGCGGCGAUGCCGCCAAUCGCAGCCAUGCAGGAAUAUGACGAGAUUGUGAUGCUCCAGCACCUGGCAGAUCCACGACACGAUGGCUUCAAGCCGAACGUCAUGAUCGACCUGAUGCGAGGAGAAGUGUCAGCUUUCGCUUGCAGUAAUAUCGGCUUCCUGGCCAUCGCUCACGGUACAGCCUUAGCGGUGAUGGACUUCCGCAGCGCAGAGCUGAUCCUUAAAGAAGGAUUUGGCGGUCAGCAGGACUCAUCGAUGGGCGACAGUAGCGACGCUCGUGCGCUUCGCAAGGUGCUGGAAGCCGAGUCUAAGAGCCCAAUAAUGCAUCUUAGCUUCAGUAUCUGCCGUGUUGCUGAAGAUCCCAGCUUAGCACCGCGUCUGAUUGUGAUCCGGGUAAAUGGCUUGACCACCGUUUGGACGCUUCAGAAAACGCUGGACAUGUGGCUGAUCGAGCGCACGAGCACACACAAGUUGGAGGAGCUCAGCGAUGUGCGAGCCGUCCACAUCCUGGACCUCGAAGGCCGAGCUCGAUCUGCCUUGCCUAACGAGCUGCAACAGGCUCUACGCGAGCAAGAGUAUGGACCCAUCGGAUCUAUUUCCGAGGCUACCGUUCCGGAGGCUGAUGUGUUGCUCGGUUUCACCGAUCGCCAAGUGAGCUUGCGAUAUGGUGUUACAGGCCCUGUCGUCUCACGUGCAGACGUUGGAGAAGGUGUCCUUGGCUGCGGCGUCAUCGAACGGGCGCAAGACAAGGUGGCCUCGAUAGCAACUCGAACGAGUAUCCGGCUAUUCAGCUUGCCCAAGCUGGAGCCCAUCGUUCGUCUUCAACGUCACUAUCGCGAGCUUGGCGAGUCAAGAGGCGUACGGCCAUCGGUCUGCUUUGACGCGCAUGGCGAUUUUAUUGAAGUCUGCAGCAGCCUCGACGUGAGAUUGUGGACCAUGUUUGCAUCUCUGCGCAGAGCAGGUCAGCCGAAUCUGACGCUCUUCAAUGCGGCUUUGACGCAUGCGAUGCCUUUGCAUCCGGGCGCAGUGGGCUCAGCAGCAGGAGUUGCAACCAGCAUUGCAGGCUGGUUCGGCACCAAGACUACAGGAGCACUCUCAAUCGGAGCACAGAUGGACGCAGCACUUGCUGGACCCAAGCGACCAGACGCGCUCAAGCUAGGUGAAGUGCUCCGACCACGUGACUACAGACCACCUGUUGCUCCGCAGCCAGAAGCCUCAUCUUCUCGAGCCAAGCCGGAAGAAGGAAGACCAACAUCAGGUCUGGCCGCAGCCCAACGAGAUGCAAGCAAGGCAAAAGCAGUAGCAGCAUCUACCGAAUCGGCGUGGACAACAGGCUAUCAGAACAUCGACCUUCUCAAAGCACGCGGUGCUAUGGUCAGCGGUAUCGAAGACGGUCUCACAUCGCUGGAACGUGGAGCGAGCAACUUUUUGAAAAGCACGCGAGAAGCAGCGAUCAAAGGUGCGGCUAAAGACAAGCUUAACAAGAUGUUCUUCUAG